AUGCAAUUGGGUCACAUAUUUACUCCGAAGCAUCAAAAACUGGUCAAUCAAUGUUACCCUAGUGGUAGAGCGCCAGAUAAGAAGCCAAAAUCCUCCGAGACUUCAUAUUUGAUAUACUAUGUCAAUUCUCGUUCCAGUAAGCUUGAGAAAGUUAGUAACUACUUAAUUAAGAGAACCAAUACCGAUUUGAGUCGACGCAGAGUUGGUAACGUUUGUGUAACUUUGGAGUUGAUGGCCAAGAUAGUGGAUCAUUGUAAAGAAAACCUUAACGUGUUUGUGAAAGAGUUUCUGACUUUAAUGAAUAUGGUAUUAACCAACAAUAGUAUAAAUAAUGAUGUCACUGUGAUAGAAUUGUUGGAAAUUACUUUUGGCACCAUUUGCCGCAACCUUGACGGAGCAUAUUAUGGCGGUGAUACUGAAUUUAUAAAAAUGUUUAAGAGCUUUGUUGAUCUUUUAUUUGAAGUUGUCUCAAAGAGGCUGAACAAUGAUGACUUGAUGUUAAAGGUAUGCAUAGACAUAUCUACUAUAAUUGGAAUUGCGAGCGAUCCUCAAUUGAAUUAUCUUGUACCAAAAUGUGUUGAGACUGCAAUUGAUCAAUUGCAAGCUAGAUACCCUCAGUUCAAGGAAAAUUCACUGCUAGAACAACCAAGCUUGACAAAAAGGUUGAGCAAGACACAAACUCGUGCACAAGAAGUCCUUGAGAUACCGACUGCAGACAAUGAUUUAUGUGUUGCAACAUUGCAUAAUUACUUUAACACAACAGAAACAGAUAAAUUGAAUUUAUCUAUUAGAUCUCUAAUCAAAAAAUUGCAAUCAACACCAAAUAAAGAGCUGUUAGAGUUCAUUUCCAAUGACAUUCCUGUCCAGUUAAGAUAUAUUGUUGUUUUAUUACUCACAAGGCAGGUUUCCAAUUAUGAGAGAAAUCAAGUCUCAGGUAGCCAAGGCAAUCCUGAUGGUGCACUCAAUAGUUUGAAACUAAUUUCUUGUUUACUAGUAUCAAAAAUUAGUAUUGUAGGACUGAGUGUUUUGGAUAUAAUGAGAAAGGUUUUAGCUGUGCAGUUAAAAUCUAAAGAGAGCAUGCCUCUUGUGCAUCAAUGUCGUGUUACAAUAAAAGAUUUGAAUAACAAAAUUUACUACUCUGAACAAACAUCUGAUAUGUUAUAUGAUUUGGUAGUCAAAAUAAAGAAUGUACAAAAUGAAGUUGAGAAGAGAAUUCUGGUUGAUGAUAUGAAAUAUAUUGUCGAUGAUAUCUCACAGCCAGUUAUUAACGUUGAUCUAUUAACUGAGUUGGUUCCUUUUAUGAAAGGGUCUGUUAUACAACUGUUAAAUAUCACUGAGGAGCACAUUUCUGGCGGUUCCACUUUAUCCAGAUUGUUUCAAAUGGUCCGUGAUAUUGAGGAUAGAAAUUUACAAUCCAAAGCGAUGUCUAUUAUCUUUGAUAAAUACAAGAAAAUUAUACUGCUACCUGGUCUUAAUUAUUUCCAGAUGAACAUUAAAGAGCCGGAGUAUACCUAUUACUUAUAUCAUUUCAACGCGGCUAAAACAUUAGGAGUUACAUCAUAUUAUUCUGAGACACAGCAAAAACUUGACAAUGGAGAAUUAUUUACCAAGGAAGAAUUAAUGAAAUAUUAUAAGAAUGCAAACAACACUCAGUUUGGUGAAAAGGGCAUGCAAAUUUUGAUGUCUUAUGAUAAUCAGAUCUCUAAUUCAGAUUUACUAAAUGAUAGGCCACUAUCUCCUGUAUUUUCGUCCAAACCGCUCUCAUCGCCAAUGGGUCUAAUAUCACCACAAGCACAGACUAAUACACAAUUAAAUCAACCUAUGAGAUUUGUCUCCGAUGAUGUACACUCCUGGAAAGUUUCAAGGCCCUCUAUACCCAAGGUAAGUGAUUUGAAGAAAGCAAUGAAAAAUGGAUCCUCUACAAAAAAUAAACCUUUAAGAGGUUCUCAAUCUGUGAAGUCAAGGGUUACCAAUAUAACAUUCCUGUUAAGUGAACUUAGAAGUACAACUGCUGGUGAUGACUCCCACAUUAUCGAUCCUGAUGAAGAAGAAGUUGUUGGUAUUGAUAAAAUGGAAAUAGCAAGAUCAUUAAGUGGGAGAGGAAGAAAUUCUGUUGUUGUUGAAGAUGUGUCCACUAAUAGAGCGUCAUUCGUUCCUGCAACAGUGAAUGAGGAUGAUGAAUUUCGUGAUGCUGUUGAAGAUGUUGAAGCUUACAGCACCUCUAGAGGAAAGAUUUUUGCAAACUAUUAG